ACUCCUUUCAUCUUCUUUCCUGGUUCGACCACGCAUACACCCUAAAUGUCAUUCCUACAUCUGGUCGCCUUUGCCGCAGUUGUACUCGGCUUUUGCUUUGUAGUACUUAGUUUAGCUUGUGGACUGUAUUACUUGGCAGAAUUGGUCGAAGAAUAUACAGUAUACACGCGUAAAAUCAUUAAAGCAAUGACAGCGACUGUUGUAGGCAUUCACGUGUUAUUGUGGAUUGUGGAUCGACUACCGUUCCUGCUGUUGGCAUUCUCCAUUUUAUGUCACGGCGUGUAUACGAUGAAUUUAAAAACGUUCCCAUUCAUCAGUCUUACGAGCGUACCGUUCAUUGCUAGUUGCGGUAUGUUGUGCAUAUUUAAAAGGCAUCACUGAGUGGGAAGCUUAAAAAAAAAGGUAUUGCUGGAAAGAGAAUUAACGUGUUUUGGAAAUAAAAAAAAUUGUAGUACUUGUAUUCGUCGAUCACUU